AUGCCGUGCAUCCAUUACAAGUUCUUCUCCAGGCUGAACUAUGAUACCAUCAGCUUCAGCGGCCUUGACAUCUCCCUGGGAGACCUCAAGCACCAGAUCAUGUCUCGGGAGAAGCUGAAGGUGUCCAGGUGUGAGCUGCAGAUCUCCAAUGCCCAGACUGGAGAAGAAUACACAGAUGAGAACACCCUGGUUCCCAGGAACUCAUCGGUCAUCGUUAGAAGAAUCCCUGCUGCAGGAGUUAAAGUUGCCAGGAAACGCUGUGUUCCAUGA